AAUGUCAUUCUCCAACUCAUCAAUUAGUAAGUCUACAUCAAUUUCAUAAUCUUCAUUAUAGUAAAUCUAACUCUGCUACGAUGAAGAAUUAGAAUUAUAAGAAUUGUAAGCAUAAAAAGAAAUAUUUGCUUAAAUGUUUGAAGCCAAUUAUAACACUACUAGUAUGUUGAUCGAAACAGUUUAAGAGUCUGUUGUAUUCAAGUAAUAAAUCUAGAAAAAUUUAAUUUUUUUAGUAAAUCCAAAAAACUUAGAAUCCUAAAACGAAAACUUCGCAAACUGAUAAGAAAUCAAAUACGUAGAAGAAGAGAAUUAGGAAAUUACAUUUAAGAAGUGUCAUUAGUUGGAACAACUUAAUUAAACUAAUUUAAAUAUUAUCCUGAUUAUGAAGGUUAAUAUUAUGGAGUAAAAGGCAACAAGCCUUUAGAUAAUGAGAAUUCAGAUUUAUAGCCUAGGCCAGAACCUAUUAUCAAUCCAGAUAUUAGUUUUAUUUCGUUGUCAUCAACAUAAUAUAUAUGUUUGUUAUUUUUUAAUUUUAGCAUCUCAGAUUAGUUUGAACAAUGUAAUUGAUGUGGAUGAAACAUAGAAUAUAAAUAAUAAUAAUAUCAAUUAAAAUAAAAACAACAAUUAAAUUAAUAAUACCAAUAAUCAAUGUGACGGAAUUAUGAAAAAUGCUUAUGAAUAAUAUGAUCCAAAUGACUCUUGUAACUAGUAGCAUAAAAAAUAGUGAA